AUGCCCACCACCCCGAUCUCGCCGGUCGGGCGGUCAGGACCAUUCCGCCGCUCUGGUGGGGGUCCCCCGCCCAGUGCGUCGAGCCGCUAUGCGGAGCUCGAGACAGAGGACGGGGCGCUCGUCAUGGGCGGCAACCGUGACUCUGAGGUUACUGGACUCGUCUCCGGUGGACGUGAGAUGGGCGUGACCCGUCCAAAGCGCAGGUUGUCUAGCCUUCCUUCAUUGCCUACCUCACCCCUUCUUUCCAACACGUCGUCCCUUCACGAAUACAGGGCGCUGAGCGCUACCUCGUCUCCACCGGCCUCGCCCGGAGGCGCUGCAGCUUACGGCACUCCUUCCCUGGAAGCGAUCGCGCAGGCGCACAACAACAACGCGCCCAAUAUCCCCGCUCUCGCUCGACUAGCACCGACUGUGCGGGUCGACGAGAAAGCGGCCGCGUAUGCACCGGCGACCACGCCGGCGUCGCGUGAUCAAGGACCACCCAAGCUCUUUGGCAUCGAGCUCAAGUGGAUUUCCCUUAUCACCCUCGCGCUUCAAAAUGCAUUCCUCACGAUUAUCAUGCACUACUCGCGGAUAGCCACGGCUCCCAACAAGACGUACUCUGCGGCAGCAGCGGUCUUGUUCAACGAGCUGCUGAAGGGCGCAAUCUCGACACUGGUUGCGCUCAAGCGUAUCGACAAUGACAUGUCGGCGCAGGCAAUGCAGAAAGAGUCACGGUCCCGCCCUGUGCAGACAGGUUUUACCAUGUUCAACGCUAGCCGCCUUGGAGUACUGCGUCGCUCGGUCCUGUCGGCUGAUUGCUACAAGCUUGCCGUCCCCGCUAUCCUGUACGUCAUCCAGAACAACCUUCAAUAUGUCGCCGCUUCCAACCUCGACGUCGCAACCUUCCAGGUCACGUACCAGAUGAAGAUCCUCACGACCGCGUUUUUCUCCGUCCUAAUGCUUGGCAAGCGACUGAGCCGUGCCAAGUGGUGUGCGCUGGUCAUGCUCGCCCUCGGCGUCGGCAUCGUGCAGCUGCAAUCGACCACCGCCCCUGGACAUGCGGCACGUGCCUCAUCCCACAGCAAGCACUCGCUGCGCGACGAGAUCCCCGAGGCUGAGGGGCUUGUCAAGCGCGCUGUCGACGUUGCCACCGCCACACUGCCCGCCACUAUGCGUCCUUUCCGCGGUUUCGUUGCGGUCACCAUGGCGUGCCUGACGUCUGGUCUCGCAGGAGUCUACUUUGAGCUCUUACUCAAGUCGGGCACGAGCUCGGGCACGCCUGACCUCUGGGUCCGCAACACCCAGCUGUCGCUGUUCUCGCUCGUCCCCGCUCUCGUCCCAAUCCUCUUCACCGGCCACUCGCCUGACAUGUCGUGGUUUAGCAACGUUGCCUCCAAGUUUGCAAACUUCAACGGCUGGGCGAUUGGCACAGUACUCACCCAGACUUUUGGUGGUUUGAUCACAGCUAUCGUUAUUCGAUACAGCGACAACAUCAUGAAGGGCUUUGCUACGUCAUUAUCCAUCAUCAUCUCGUUCCUCGCUUCGGUGGCUCUGUUCAACUACCCUAUCACCUUCUCCUUCGUUGCCGGUGCUUGCGUCGUGCUUGCCGCCACGUUCUUGUACAACUCGCCUUCGAUUCCCGACGCCCCGCCCACGCGCACGACCAUGGCUGUCGCCCCAGGCUCGCCGAUCCCGACCAGUGCCCCGAUCCUCGGCGAGCCGCAGCCCCCAUCGCGUACCUCGAGCGUCAUCAACCUUCUCGCUGGUCUCGGCUCUCGCCCAGGCUCGCGCCGCGCUAGCGGUUCGGAAGCGCCUCGACCUUUCAUCCCGGUGCCGCCGCUCUCUCGCGCAGGCUCGUACACGGGCACACCAGGCGGCACGCCGUUCACGCACUCUGCGCAAAACUCCCAUACCCAAUUGAACGAGUUUGGCCGGAUGUCGCCUGGUCCUUCGCCGACCAAGCCAUCGCCGACCAAGUCGACGAGCGGUAAAGUCCGGCCCCAGCUUUCCCUCGACACAACCUCCCUCUAA